AUGGACCUGUCCAGUCGCCAGGAAGGUCCCCGACCGUUCCGCUCGCGGCGUGAUCGACCCUGCGACGCCUGUCGAGGGCGGAAGAUAGCGUGCCGCAUUGAGACCUCGCCGCCGUGCGCCUUCUGCGAGAGUCGAGGGAGCACCUGCACGUUCCAGAAAGGGCCGAACAACAAGCGACGGCGGGGGUUCUCCUCUUCGAUGCCGAACCACCACCACCAUCAUCAUUACCUGCCGCAGCCGGAUGGUCUAGCGGCGUCAAUAUCGCAGACGACCUGGGAAGAGUUUCCCGUGGACGCGUUCGACAGCACCAUCUUCGACAAUCUGGAUCUGGCCGAGGACGGGAGUCCGACGUUCCAGAACCAAAGGUCGCCCACACAUCCUCCACAGCCGCCGGCCUCUGAUGGGCGCCACGCGAGCACGAGCCCUCGCCAUUUCCAGCCGCAGGUGAGCGUGCGUCCGUCCCCCGGAGACGCCAGGUAUCACGACUCAAGCACCCUCCAUCGGUCUCAGGUCCCGCCGGAUACGGGCCAUCUGAACCGCCAUGUAAUGACGGAGUUGAUGAAAGGGACAUCUCAGCUCGAGAUAUCCCGAGUCCGCUUGAGAAGUACCAGAGACCGCAAUGACGACUCAUUGGCCGGCGAAAGUCCUCAUUUAUUGAUGGUGAGAGAGGAUCCGCCUUUUCUGCUCAACGGCAAGUCGUGGAUGGAACGUGCGUCGUGGUCGGACAUAGAGGGUCUGCUCUUGGGGAAGCAACGCGAUGAGCUGCUCAGACUGUAUUUUCGUUUUGUCCAGCCUUUGUUCCCCAUCCUCCAGCAAAGUGACGGAGCCUACAGCGAAGCUCAAGACGAUCCUCCUCAGGAUACGGCCUCACUUGCUCUGUAUGCUUCGGUGUUUGCAACGGCGCUGCCAUUUGCCAUACACAAUGAUUACCUGAGUGCCACUCUGACAGACGCAAACGGCAAACGUGAGGAGCUGUACUCGAUCGCGAUUGCAGCCUUGUUGCAGGAGGCGAGCUCGCCUUCCAUUGAAGCCCUGCAAGCCUGUCUGCUUCUGCUGCAGAAAGGUCCAACUAUCCAGCAUCAGGGGCUGACGCCAACAUAUUCCUGGCUCACGGCGAUCGCAGUCACCAUGGCCAAGUCUCUUGGCCUACAAUACGACUGCAGCGGAUGGAAUAUUCCCUUGGCAGAGAAGCGGCUUAGAAACCGGCUCUGGUGGGCUACGUUUACUAUGGAUAUAUGGGUGAGCGUGGACUCGCCUGGGGGACGAUCGAUAGGGUCUGACGACUAUGAUGCGCCCCUGCCAAGGUCAGGAGACGGGAAGCCUGGGGAUUACGAGGCUGUUACGGGAUACGGCAACGAGUUUGACCGACUCGUGCUUCUGACGCAUCUUCUCUCCCAGAUCCACGAAACUUAUUACACGAUCCGUGCGGCAAAGCAGACUGCCUCGGACUUGUUCAAGUCCCUCGAGUUUGCCCGCCCCCUUCGCUCUGCUCUCAGCGACUGCCGGCAGAGUUUGAAGGCAGAUCUGCCUCUCAACUCCGGCGACGAGCCGGGCAUGAGCGCGUCCGUGCACCUCGCGGCGUGUGUCGUGUCCAUCGUCCUCUUCCGCGCCCUCCUCCGACCCGUCCAAUGCGGCGGCACCAGCGGCUCACCGGUCGAAAGCUAUAAGUCGGCAGCCGCCGCCGUCAUGACCGGCUCGGUCAACUGCGCGCGAGAGACUGUCGAGCUGUUGGAGAACAUGGUGUCCUUCAUCGGCCCGUGGAACGCGUUCUGGCAUUCCUGGUCGCAGGGCAACUUUGCCAUCGUCAGCACGUUCCUGGUGCAGCUCCUGCUCAUGACCGAGUCCGGGGACGGGACUCGCGCAGAGGUGAGCGACCUGAUUUCCCGCUGGAAGCGCGCCAUUCGCAUUAUCGCUGGCAGCGGCGGAUGGGGCAGCUCUCUGAUGUGCAUGGCGCUCGGUAGACUAGAUUCGCUUCUUAAUCAGGCUGGAUUAUGA